UGUAAAUCGACAUAGUUGUGUCGGAUCCGGCGGAGACUUGUCUCUUUAAAGAGUAUUAGAGUGAUCUUUAACGGGAGUCCCUUUUUAUUUUUACGACAGUAUUUUUUACAGAUCUUCAAUAUGAGGACUUUAAUUCUGGCUUUAGUUGCCUUCGCAGCUGCCAAUUCGCAGUAUUAUGUAUUGGAAAAGUUAGACAUGGAUUUAUUAGUGAAAAAUUUGGACGAGUUGAAGAUAUUUACGAAUUGCCUGCUUGAAAAGAUUCCUUGCAACAAGGUGCACGAAAGCUAUAGAGUCAAAACAUUAGAAGCCGUACAAGAAGCAUGCAAGAAAUGUAACCCUCACACGAAACACAUGUUCUGGGAAUACCUUCAAGCUCUUAAAGCAGAUUUACCCAAAGAGUACAUCGAGUUCAGACACAAAUAUGACCCCGACAAUAAAUACUUCGAUAUCCAUGAGGCUGAAAUAAGUAAAUACGCGAUUGAAUAAACACCGAAUUCAAUAAUAACGACUUAAUUUGAAAACAAAUACAUUGUUUGUAAAUAUA